AUGCCGAAGAAGAGCUCGAACGUAAGUCGCAAAGCGUGGAGACUCCUGCAGCUCACGCUUCUGUGGGCCCGGAAGGGCGGCCUCUUCCGGAGGCGCCUCAUGGUGGACCUCCAGGUCAUGCAUAAAUUCCUCAAGAACAUCGCAUGCGUCAGUAAUCCUAGGAAAGACCAGAUCGGGUACGUGGGGGAGCUCGAGCUCUCGUUCGAUAAGACCCCCGUGGUUUGUGUCAAGAUGCACCGACCCGGCUCCAUGCGGUUCCUCAUGCCCUACAUCCCCUGCAUCAACCCUCAGAUCGACUUCGAUUAUGAUUUCGAUGGAGAUGGUGUCGAUGGAUCCUAUGAUAGCGAGAGGAAGAGCUUCAUUGAAGAUGGAAGGCUUGAGUAUGAGCAGAGCAACGAGGCAGAGGAGGGAGAAGGGAUCGACCUCAGAGCCGAGGAGUUUAUUGCCAAGUUCUAUGAGCAGUUGAAGCUUCAGUGA